AUGAGAAGCCCCCGGUUACCAGCACCCCAGCGAACUCGGAAGCAGAGAAAUCUCCUUCUGUUCGCGUUGUCCAACUCAUCGCGAACACACCUCCCUCCACACCCAGACCUUUCUUUGUUGAGGGUAGGCCUACCAUUCCACGCACCCGCUACCUCAUUCUCGUCUUUGGGUACGUCUUUAUUCAUGCUCCAACGUCCUCGACUUGAAACACUAAUACACACCAGUCUGACAUCCGGUCUCUUCCUCUCCAUGCUCGAUGCCUCCAUUAUUGCGACCUCUCUGUUCAGCAUUGCUAGUGAUAUGAAGAAUUUUGAGCAUAUAAACUGGGUGGCCUUGGCCUAUGGUCUCACUUACCUCGGUUUCGCUGCACUUUUUGCCCGCGUGUCCGAUGUGGUUGGCCGUGGAGAUGCUUUCGUCGUUGCAUUUUGUAUCUUCAUUGCAUUCUCUCUUGGCUGUGGUUUCAGCGAGACUAUUGAGCAGCUUAUCAUUUGUCGUGCUUUCCAAGGAGUGGGCGCCGGAGGACUUUACAGUAUCAGCAUGAUCGUCUUGCCCGAGCUGACUCCGGACAAGAACAAGAAGUACAUUGGUGCCAUUGUCGGCAUGGUGAUUGCCACUUCAGGUGUGAUUGGGCCUGUCCUGGGUGGGGUUUUGACUCAAUACAUCACUUGGAGAUGGGUCUUUUGGGCCCUAUUGGUGCUGUGGCUCUCAUGCUGUUUAUUCCGGCUUGGCCCGCCGAGGAAUAUCUGCCCAUUUAUGAGGACCGGUCCUGGAAGGAGCUGGACUAUCUUGGGUCUUUCCUUCUGUAAGUCAUGCUUCCCCACACCUCUGCCGGUAUUUGCUAACAUUACGAACAGUAUGGCCUUCGCAGUCCUGGUUGUUUUUCCCUUCCAGAACCUAUCAAGUCAAAAGGCAGAGGGCGACUUGUCCAGCUUGAAUCCAUACGCCCAGCCAACAUUCAUCUACCCCCUCGUCGGCGCCGCCCUUGCUCUCUUGCUGCUCAUCGGUUGGCAAACAUUUGCUAUCCGUGGCCCUCGGAAACUCAAGUCCCUCGCCUUUGCCUUCCCCCCUUCCCUUUGCAACCGAAAGUACAUCGCCACAAUUUUGGUCACAGCCCUAACCGGCUUCCCUUACCUCUUGUCCGUGUACGCAUUUCCCAUCCGCUUCCAAGUCGUCCACGGGAAAUCAUCCCUCGAAGCAGGCCUCAUGCUCCUCCCUAUGCUAGCCUCCUCGGCCAUCGGAACUGUCACAGCCAGUCUAGUCAACAACGGGUGCAUAACAGGGCAGAAGAAACCUCGCUUUUUUGAGACGUUUCUCCUCGCCUGUCUGACUAUGCUCAUCGGCUGCGCCGCCCAGACAACACUGGGUGACACCGAUGACGGGAGCAUCACCGGGUUCGACGCCAAAGAUGUCGGGUUGUUGUCCCUCAUUGGCUUUGGGUUUGGCAUGUCGGCCUGCGGAGCGACAAUGUUUAUCAACCUCGAAAGUCCCAUCGGAGAUCACGCAUCCGCCCAAGGAAUCAUAGCCCAAUUCCGCAUCCUAGGCGGCUCAAUCGGCAUUGCUGUCUCUUCCGCCAUCUUGGGGGGGAAACUCCGUCCUUCAACAACCCCCGAAAUGAGCUCUCUCGUCCUGGCUCACAUUGUCAGCCCAACGCCAGACUUUGGCGAUGAUGACUGGGCCGCUGUUCGCAAGGUGUAUACCUCUGCGUUGAGGGAGGACAUGAAAGUCUGCUGCGGGGUGUUGGCUGCGGCGGUGGUGUGCAGUCUGUUUGUUUACCGCCGGUACUGGCUCACGACGGGGGAGAUUAUGGAGUUGAGGUAUGAGGAGGAGCUGGAUAGGAGGAUUGGGCUUUUGAGGGAGGAUGUGGAGCCUCAUGUGAUGGCGGUGAGGGAUAAGUUGAUCAAGAUUAGGGAGGAGAUCUUUGAGGGGAAGCGGAGGCCUUUUCCCGGGAUUAAGCGUGGGAGGACGAGGUUGGGGGAGGAGAUUGAGGGAGUUUAG